ACACACACACACACAAAUGGCAACUCCGGGAAGGUAUUCACUCGGUCCACACACCGCGCGCGGGGCCGGAGGUCAACACUGAGAGGUUCUCUCGGCCAAUGGCUACAAUACAAUAGUGGGAGAAUUUGUGAGAGAAAAACCAGAGAGAGAGGGACACAGAGACACACACUCACUGGGGGACGAUGGAAGGUGAUGCGGGGCAGAGGCACCUCACACUGUCAGUGGCCUCUGCCGACUGGCACUCCAUCCCCUGCCCACAAUCCGAGCUGAGCCUGGACAUUGUGCUAUCUGGUGCUCAGUCCUUCCGGUGGCAGGAAAGGAGCUGCGGGCACUGGACGGGUGUGUUAGCUGGGCGGGUGUGGACCCUGACCCAGGUGAAUGACAGGAUCUGGUACCGGACAUACCACAGGGACAAUCCGAGCAACGGCAGCCCCACAGCGGGCAACGGCAGCCCCACAGAUGGCAACGGCAGCCCCACAGAUGGCAACGGCAGCCCCACAGCGGACAACAGCAGCCCCACAGCGGACAACAGCAGCCCCACAGCGGGCAACGGCAGCCCCACAGCGGGCAACCGCAGCCCCACCGCCGUUAGGAAGAAAAGAAGAAAAGCACCUUCUACAAACCGGGUGGGCAGGAAAAUGAAAAAGGAAAUAAAAAGGGAAAUAGAAGCUGCAGCUGGUAUGUGGGCAAACUCCAGGAUACUGUGUGCAGUGAAGCUGGAGCCGGGACACCACGGAACACCACUCAGUCCUGUAAAGCAGGAACCUGACACUGGAGGUUCCCGGGAGCAGGAUAUUCUCACUGACUAUUUCCAGCUGUCCGUGUCACUGGCUGACCUGUACUCACACUGGAGCCGAGCCGACAAGAACUUCCAGCGGGUGGCACCAGGUUUCCCUGGGGUGCGAGUCCUGCGCCAGGAGCCCACCGAGUGCCUCUUCUCAUUCAUCUGCACCACGAACAAUCAGAUCUCUCGCAUUACGGCCAUGAUCGAGCGCUUGUGUCAGGUUUACGGGGAGCGAUUGUGCCAGCUGGACUCCGUCACCUACUACUCCUUCCCAACACUGGCAUCGCUGGCAGGAACGGAUGUUGUUGAGCGGUUGCGAGACCUGGGGUUUGGGUACAGAGCAGAGUUCAUCAGUCAGAGUGCGCGGCUGAUUGUGGAACAGCACGGCUCAGGCUGGCUGCAGUCGCUGCGUACAGUUCCCUACGAGGAGGCGAAGCGGGCAUUGUGCACCUUACCUGGCGUGGGCGCAAAGGUAGCUGACUGUGUCUGCUUGAUGUCCCUGGACAAACCAGAGGCCGUUCCCGUGGACACGCACAUCUGGCAAAUUGCCAAACGCGACUAUGCCAAGAACUUUGGAGGCACUCAGAAGAGUUUGACUAAUAAAGUGUAUCGUGAUAUCGGUCCUGUUUUGCUCAGAUCUGAAGAAGUUUCAGGAACACAAGUCCGAACAAGGGCCACAGUCCAAGACAAAGAGGAGUUAACACUGGACCUCAAACAGGCAGCCUUCUGGCUGCUGAGGGAUGCAGAGCAUUAGAGUAACAAUAAAACCAGAAUGCUUACGUUUGAUUCAGUGCCUUUCACGCCAGGAGGACGUCUCAUAGCACCUCACAGAGUAUACUGUAAAGUGUUAUGACUGGGAAUUUUGCAGGUGAAUUGUAGCAGUGGGGUAUUACUAACUCAACCACUUGAAUACUUCACAUGAACUGAGAUUAGGGAUUAUACACACUGCCUGGCGCAGUGGUGGUACUUUCUUCUUUGAGUCAGAAGGUUGUGGGUUCAAGCCCAACGUCGGGACAUGGUCUAAGCUGACACUCCAUUUCAGUGGUUAGUGUGCUGUAUUACUGCAUCCUUUGGAUGAGAUGUUAAAACCAAGAUUGUGUCUGCUGGUGCAGGUAUAUGUUAAAGAUCCCAUAAUACUAUUUGAAAAGAGAAGAAAGUUUCUCCUGGUGUCCUGGUCAAAAAUCUCCCAAAUAAAAUCGGUCACUCAC